ACCAUGGACGCCGUGCAGGAGCUGAGCGACAACCUGGGCACGGGCCUGAACCGCGAAUCCCUGGAGAUCCUCACGCGGCUCUGCGACUACGGCGUCAACCCCGCCGCGCUCGCGGCCGUCGUCGUCGAGCUGCGCAAGGAGCGGGACGCGCUCGCCGCGGCC